AUGGAGACCCAGAGGGCCAGCCUCUCCCUGGGACGGUGGUCACUGUGGCUACUGCUGCUGGGACUGGUGCGACCCUCGGCCAGUGCCCAGGCCCUCAGCUACAGGAGAGCUGUGCUUCGCGCUGUGGAUCAGUUCAAUGAGCAGUCCUCAGAAGCUAAUCUCUACCGCCUCCUGGAGCUAGACCCGCCUCCAGAGCAGGACGUGGAGGACCACAGUGCUCGAAAGCCUGUGAGCUUCCGGGUGAAGGAGACCAUAUGCCCCAGGACGAGCCAGCAGCCCCUGGAGCAGUGUGACUUCAAGGAGAAUGGGCUGGUGAAACAGUGUGUGGGGACAGUCACCCUGUACCAGAGCAGGGGUGACUCCGACAUCACCUGUAAUGAUGAGGCGGAGGGCUCCACUACCUAUUGGCCACUGGACGCGACUGCAGGUGACUUUGCUGCUGCCGCGUCGCCCAGCCGGUGGCAGACGUGGACCUCGCGGGAGCAGUUCCUGGGCUCGCCCGCGGACUGUGAGGUGGACCGGCUGGCCAACUGCUAA